AUGCUCUGGACUGGAGUGGCGUAUCAGUUCGUAGCUGGAAUACCUCAAAUGGCACCGUACACCCCAAACUCAACCAUGGUAGAGGUGGAGAAGGAGGAGACCACAUCUGCCGAAUCCCUUGCUGGCCAGUACAUGCGAACCAUUCAGUCAGUUAGCAGUGAACUCUACCUGGAUGGCUUGCGGCAGGAGGUUGCUCUACGAGAGGCCCUAGCAAGUAAUCCUCACAAGCGUCAACCUUUUGACCUUGCAAAUCUGGGUUUAACAAGUAAUGAAACGGACUUAUCUGAGGUGAGACCGAGCACUCUCUCACGAUCUCGGUCCUUCACUGAUAAACCCAAACGACUUGUUUGGUCAGAUGCUCUACGACAACGCAGUCAGACUCGACAGAAGCCCAGUUCUUACUUCAAUCUAUUGGUAGGACACUUUAAUCCAUUCCACUCCCUCUCCGACAUUUAUCCACAGCGAUGA